GGAACGCGCGGCGCAGUCUCGCCGGGCCGAGCGGACGGUCACGCAGUUGUUGGAAUCCAAAAUGGCGCAAUGUUUACGUCUAUUCAGAUCUGGUUUUUGUCCCUAGCAGGUCUCAUGGCGCGAUGCGGUGACUUUAUCUCCCGGGAAAGUUAAUCCGAAGACAACAGUUAACCGCCACGUCACUGAUCCACGAUAAUCCGAUCCCUGUGUGGGUGCAGGUCUCCAGGGGGCAGGAUGCAGGCGGAGGUCGCACACUCUUCACUGACAGAGGGCAUCGAGGCUCUGGGGGUGAAGGACACGGAAACACCUGCUGCAGAGGAGGAGAACAAACCGGAGCAACAAGACACAGAGCUGACAGCUGCCACAGAGAAGGAGGAGGAGGAGGACUUUGCACCCAAGGAGGAAGAUGAUGGAGACAUGGACGCAGCGGAAGGAGAGACGAACAUGGACGAAGCCCAGACGGACUCAGGUGUAAAUGGGGAAGAGGGGAAGCAGGCUGUCCAGGCGGAGGAUGAGUGGGAGCUUGCGUACAGCGACGAGGAAAUGGAGGACACCAAAAACUGGAUGCCCCCUCCUGCCGAGAUCAAAAGACUCUAUGAGCUCCUCGCUAAAGGAGAGAUGCUGGAAUUAAACUUUUUGCCCCUUCCGAGACGGCCCCCUACACCUGAACGCGCAGAGUCACCGGAAAUAGAUGAGGAGGAUGAGGCGGCGAAGGAAAGGGAGAGGGAGGAGAGAGAGCACAGGCCUCUAACUCCAACUGAGUUUGACUUUGAUGAGGAGCAGAUGCAAGCCACUCCGAAAAACGCCUUCAUCAACAGACGCAGAACACCAGGAUCGUCAGCUCGCUCAUCCGUAAAAAGGGAAGCUCGCCUGGACAAAGUGCUGUCGGACAUGAAGCGCCACCGCAAGAUCGAGGAGCACAUAAUGCGCACGGGCAGAGAUCUCUUUAAGAGCGAGAAGAAGAAGGAGGAAGCUCUGUCUCCCAACAGCCAGAAGGAGCGGGAGAAGGAGAGGGAACGAGACAGCAACCCCAACACCAUCUUUUCACCGAGACAGAGGAGAUACUGAGGUAUUAAGACAGAUGAGGACUUGCCCAGAGGCUAACAAGGACAAAUUCUUUCCAAGGUCUUUCUCAAAACUUGAAUUUUUUAAUGUAAUGAGUUUUGUAUGUUUUCUAUGUGUGUUUUGUAUAAUGGCAAUAAACAUUUUAACCCUGGAAUAA